ACAAAUCCUAUAUGAGAGUUAAAACACUCCUAAUAAAGGGGAAUUGAACUGGAGACAUGGUUAAGGACCGAUAAUUCCACCACAAGCCUGGUAGGUCUUAUCAAACAAACUUGUUCCGAUGGCCAUUUUCAGUCCGUCUUGUUCUUCUACUUCCCCAUUUGUCUCCUCCAAAAAUUCGCCGUUACCUAACAUCAAUUCGUUCCGUUCUCACCGCCGUAAUUUUCCCCGAGUUCGGUUCACUCUCAGAGUUAAAGCCGCCAUGAGUGUCGAGUCUCCAUCGUCUUCCGCUACCGACCGCGGUGAUGACUCGCCGAAGGUUUUACUUGAAGUGAAAGACCUCUCUGCUGUCAUAGCCGAGUCAAAGCAACAAAUUCUCAAAGGCGUUAACCUCACUGUCCGCCAAGGCGAGGUACACGCUGUAAUGGGUAAGAAUGGUUCUGGAAAGAGCACCUUUGCCAAGGUUCUUGUUGGGCAUCCAGAUUAUGAAAUUACAGGAGGCAGUGUGUCAUUCAAAGGCGAGAAUCUACUUGAGAUGGAACCUGAGGAAAGAUCACUUGCUGGUCUUUUUAUGAGCUUCCAGUCCCCAGUUGCCAUACCUGGAGUAAGCAAUAUUGACUUUCUGAAUAUGGCGUAUAAUGCUCAAAGGAGGAAACUUGGACUGCCAGAGCUGGGACCAAUUGAGGUACUUCCAAUCUUGGAUAAUUCUCAUGUGCAGUUUUACGGGUACAUUGCCCUGAAGCUUGAACUUGUCAACAUGAAGAUAGACUUCUUGAACAGAAAUGUAAAUGAAGGAUUCAGUGGUGGAGAAAGGAAGCGCAAUGAGAUUCUGCAACUAGCGGUUCUAGGGGCUGACUUGGCAAUAUUGGAUGAGAUCGAUUCUGGUUUAGAUGUCGACGCACUUCGAGACGUAGCAAAGGCAGUAAAUGGACUUCUAUCGCCAAAGAAUUCAGUGUUGAUGAUUACUCAUUACUUACGAUUAUUAGAAUUCAUCACGCCGACCUAUAUCCAUAUCAUGGAGAACGGGAGAAUCGUGAAGACUGGAGACAUAUCAAUAGCUAAAGUUCUGGAGAAAGAAGGCUACAAAGCAAUUUCUGGCGCAUGAAGGCCUGCCCUCCAUGAUGAUGAAAUUUCUGGUUCGCCUCAUCAGCUACUAGAGGAAAUAUUUUUACUGCUCCAACGGUAUUUAAGAAAGUGGUAAUAGUGAUGCUUCCACUUUUUUCAUCAAUAUCAAAUGACUCAAAAUGUCGAAGCGCAGUUGUCUCAAGAUGCAAGAGUUAAGGAACUGAGGAUAAACUAUGUCCCCUGACGUGGGCCGAGAGGGGAAUUUUGAUGACAUGGGAUUGAGUCAUGUAUUCUAUCCAUCUUUUUUCUUUUUCUUUCUAAGUCAUAGAUUAGUUUGUGUUGGGAAUCUUUGUAGCCUAGUAGAUUAGUUUGUGUUGGCUAUCUAAACUUUCACCUUCUUGUGAAGGUUCAAUUCCGUGGUUGUAACCUACUCCUUCAUUCCCUUCCUCCAAGCCCAGUUUUCUUUUCCUUUUUUCCUUUUUUAAUAAAAAAAGGUCUGGUCUUCUUUCUGGAAAAA